UUUACGGAAACACUGGAGGCGCAUUUGAAAGCCUGGCGAGUUCUCUUGCUGUUAGUAGGAGCAGCGACGAUUCUCGAGGGAGCAGCAGGAGCAGGAGCAGACGCCAGCGGGAGGGUCGUCGUGUCCUUCCAGACGGCUGAUCAGGAGCAGUUCCAGUUCGGGCGUCCGGGAGAGGCGGUGUUCGGGGCCUAUAGCUGGACGAGCCCCGAAGGAUACCAGCUCGUAUUCCGAUAUGUGGCCGAUUCCUCCGGCUUCCGCGUGAUGGGCGACGCCGUUCCGGUAGAUUCCGAGGGCGUAGCGGCCAACGGCGAGCAGGUGAACCCAGUCACCCCGAACGACGGCUUCGUGCUAAGUUGAAAACGAUGUAGGAAGGUGUUGUUUCGGACGAUGCCUCUGUCCGAAUCGUCGUCAUCAGUUGAUGUUCGUACCUCUUGUUUUCAGCACUUCGAAGCUGCAAGUCUGUUACAUAUGUGAAAUGUGAUCUUGCCAGCUGUUGAUAACUUUGCUUUACUGUAGAGCAGUAACCAGCGACUUUGUAGAUAGCGAAAAAGUAAAUAAUGUAAUGUAC